AUGAACUAUAAGACAUUAACCCCUCUCUCUCUCUCCAUCCUACAGCAGCUGGUGUUUAACUCGGUCACAAACUGUUUGGGUCCGAGGAAGUUCCUCCACAGCGGGAAGCUGUUCAAAGCAAAGAGCAGCAAGGAGCUGUACGGCUUCCUGUUCAACGACUUCCUGCUGCUCACACAGGUGACCAAACCUCUGGGCUGGUCGGGAUCGGACAAAGUGUUCUCCUCGAAAACACACCUGCAGUAUCGCAUGUACAAGACGCCCAUCUUCCUGAACGAGGUGUUGGUGAAGCUGCCCACCGACCCGUCUGGAGACGAGCCGCUGUUCCACAUCUCUCACAUCGACCGAGUCUACACGCUGCGGGCCGAGAGCAUCAACGAGAGGACGGCGUGGGUCCAGAAGAUCAAGGCCGCUUCAGAGCUCUUUAUCGAGACGGAGAAGAAGAAGAGAGAGAAAGCGUAUCUAGUUCGCUCUCAGAGGGCGACAGGAAUCGGCCGACUGAUGGUCAACAUCGUGGAGGGAAUUGAAUUGAAACCCUGUCGCUCACAUGGAAAGAGUAACCCAUACUGUGAGGUGACCAUGGGUUCACAGUGCCAUAUCACUAAAACACUACAGGACACGUUGAAUCCGAAGUGGAACUCCAAUUGUCAGUUUUUUAUAAAGGACCUGGAGCAGGACGUCCUGUGUGUUACUGUGUUCGAACGAGACCAGUUUUCUCCUGACGACUUCCUGGGCAGGACAGAGAUCCGAUUGGCUGAAAUAAAGAAGGACCAGGGCUCUAAAGGACCAAUCACGAAGCGGUUGCUGCUCCACGAGGUUCCAACCGGAGAGAUCGUCGUCAGGCUUGACCUCCAGCUGUUUGAAGAGCCGUAAAAAAAUAUAUAUGAAAACCUGGACAGGAUCAGACUGGACUGGAUCGGACUGGAAAGUGAAAAAAAUACAAAAUGUGGAGCUGGAUUAGACUGGACUGGAAUUUUUUUUUUUGCGCAAGCUGUUUAUAACAUUAGUCUCAUUUGCUUUUAAAAGAACCAAUUAAGAGCUUAACUAAAUUUACUGUCAGUGACUUCUUUGUCAUUUGAUUAAUUUUGUAAUGUGCACCACCUACAACAUUAACAUGGGUUACUCAAUGUUGCAACCCUGUUUUGUGUCAAAAUUGAGUUGUAGCCCCUUGAUUAAUCUAGUGUAUCUAGUGCUUAAUGUGUGCAUUUUAACAAUAUAACAGAUUCAUUUACCAAAAACUGAAUGAGAUUUCACAUAAUCUGGGCUGGCUGGUGUCUUGAAACAUGAAAACAAGGCAUACCAAUAUAUAAAUACAUCUGUAAAGACAUUCUUAACGAGCCUCAAUGUCAUUUAGCCAUAUUUUCUCUUAAACCGGAGUGGCAUUAGCUGUCUAAUUUGUAAAGUACUACGCUAAAUGUACGUGCUAGUCAUUCAAAACAAUGCUUUAUCCUGAAGGCAGACAGCAGAGGGCAGUGUGCAAAUGUUCCUCCUUUUAAAUACAUGUUUUCAUCCAGUUUGCGCAAAGUAAAACGUUUCAAAACUACAUAUCAAGCUUUCUGAGAUUAAUAUGAAGCCUAGAACCGGAUAUCUGCAGGUUCAGAUGGAAUCACUGCAUCUCAUUACUUUACAUUCAGCUGGUGCUUUUAUACAAAAUCAACAAUGACGAAACAAACAAAACAAAAAAGGAAAAAUCCUGCAGCCACGUUAACUUUUAAUAAGUGCUACUGAAUUUAUUUCAAAUAGGCAAAAAUGGUCAUAUACUCUUGAAACGUGCGAUGCGAUUUUAGUUCUUAAUUUGAUUUUAGCAGGUCUUAAAAAUGGUUUACUGGUUAGAGAUCUUACCAGUUGUACAGAUUCGCACCAAACGGGCGAUUUUAUUUGCACUCCAGUUAGAUAUUUUGUCUAUUUCCAGUGCAGUCUACAUCUGUCCUCUUUCAUUUGAAUUGAAUCCAGUCCAGUUUCCUCGAUAUCAGCCGGGUUUCUCCUCCUCCUCUGCUUCAGCCUCACAGACACUCCAGUGACAAUCCCAGCUCUCCUUUUAGUCCCUUAAAAAAACUAACCCUGUGUGUGUUAGUGUGUGUGUGUGAGUGUGUGUGAACGACUGUGUGAGUGUUGAUGUGCGGACAGGCUAAUUUAAGGUACGAUUCAGUGUACAUUUUAUUUUUAUUUUCUAACGUCAGAGUCUCAGAGUCUUAAGUGAAACUCCUCAGGCUUUCUGCUGUGAGUGACUGCAUGUAAAGGGACUUCAAUUUGAGCUUUCAUUGAACACUUGCCAUGUCGGAAAACAAAAUAUAUGUACAGGUUUAAUGAGAAACGAUGCUAAUAAGCUGGAAAACCCCCCAGAAAUGACAAGUGUCUAGUGUCCUUUUAUCAUGUUUCAAAUCUAAUAUAAUAUGCUGGAACACACAGGGAACACGUGACAGCUAAUAUAAAUGAAGGUACUGUAAAGGAAGAUUUCACAAUGCUGUUGUUAAAGUGGCCGUCGCUAUAUAUGCAGGGGAGCUAAACCCUGAACAUGCAAGGUACUACUGACAUUUAUUUGAUAGGAAACAGCCUUUUGGACCAUUUUACACUCUAACCCUGAGGAAAAUAAGUGUAUAAAUAACAAAGUUACUGCGUUGGCACUCCCAGCACUUUUGAAACGCACACACUGUCGCUGAUAUUCAAGCAGAGCAGGACUCAAUGUUGCACAGCGGCCAUUUUGAAUAGUCAAAGUAGGAAUUUGCUGACAUAUGACGUAUAAAAUAGCUCAGACAGUAAAUGUGUGUUUUGUUUGUUAAAUUGGAUCAUUUGUUGUCAAAAAACACUGGAAUUUAAAGCAAACGGAAGAAUUAUUGUAUUUGUGAGGGACUAUUUUCAGUGGCGGAUUAAUCCACAUUUAGCUUAUUUGUAAAUAUUUGGUAUCAAAUUGGACGACAAUGCAACAUCUACAGAUGAAGAAGA